AACAAUUAAGCAAAUCAAUCAAUAAUACAUACAUACAUACAACAGCAACACACUUUCAUCUCAAAUUCGAUACCUAAUAAAAACAGAACCUUGAUUUAAAAAAACAAAAAAAAUGGCGAUGGCGAAUUUGGUAAGAAGGAAGACAUCAGAUGUAAUCAGGUAUUCAUUUUCAUUAUCAAAUACUAGUUUUUCUAGAGGCUUCACAUCAUCGUCGGGAUCUGAUGAAAACGACGUCGUUGUGAUCGGCGGCGGUCCUGGUGGUUAUGUGGCGGCUAUCAAGGCCGCUCAGUUAGGGUUCAAAACUACCUGUAUUGAGAAACGUGGUGCGUUAGGUGGUACUUGCCUCAACGUCGGUUGUAUUCCGUCUAAGGCGCUUCUUCAUUCAACUCACAUGUACCAUGAGGCCAAAACUACCUUUGCUAAGCAUGGUGUUAAGUUUGAUAAUGUUACUGUUGAUCUUGCUGAAAUGAUGGGCCAAAAAGACAAAGCCGUGUCGACUCUUACGAAAGGUAUUGAAGGCCUAUUUAAGAAAAACAAAGUAACAUAUGUAAAGGGAUACGGGAAGUUUCUUUCACCUUCAGAAGUUUCCGUUGACAACAUUGACGGUGGCACCACCGUAGUGAAAGGAAAAAACAUCAUAAUUGCCACUGGGUCUGAUGUCAAAGGACUACCCGGGAUCACGAUUGAUGAAAAGAGAAUUGUUUCAUCUACCGGAGCUUUAGCUUUGACAGAAAUCCCUAAAAAGUUGAUUGUCAUUGGGGCGGGUUACAUAGGCUUGGAAAUGGGGUCAGUGUGGGCUCGUCUUGGCUCAGAUGUUACAGUUGUAGAGUUUGCACCUAAUAUUGUUCCGGCAAUGGAUGGUGAGAUCAGAAAGCAAUUCCAGCGGUCUCUAGAGAAACAAAAAAUGAAGUUCAUGCUCAAAACAAAAGUGGUAGCAGUUGACACUUCAUCCGACAUUAUCAAGUUAACCAUUGAACCAUCAGCUGGUGGUGAUCAAUCCGUGCUUGAGGCUGAUGUUGUUCUUGUUUCAGCUGGCCGAAACCCAUAUACAUCUGGACUUGGUUUGGAGAAUAUCGGUGUGGAGACCGACAAAAUCGGUCGAAUCCCAGUAGAUGGUAGGUUCACGACAAAUGUAAAGGGUGUUUUCGCCAUUGGUGAUGUUAUUCCUGGGCCUAUGUUGGCUCACAAAGCUGAAGAAGAUGCUGUUGCGUGUGUGGAGUUCAUUGCUGGCAAGGAAGGGCACGUAGACUAUGAUAAGGUGCCUGGUGUUGUUUACACACAUCCUGAGGUGGCAUAUGUUGGAAAAACAGAGGAGCAGGUUAAGGAGCUUGGAAUUUCUUACAGUGUAGGAAAAUUUCCCAUGUUGGGAAACAGUAGGGCUAAGUCGAUUGAUGAUGCUGAAGGGAUGGUGAAGAUAAUAGCCGAAAAAGAGACAGAUAAGGUGAUUGGUGUGCACAUUAUGUGCUCAAAUGCCGGUGAGCUUAUUCAUGAAGCUGCUUUAGCGUUAACUUAUGAUGCAUCAAGUGAGGAUAUUGCACGCACGUGUCAUGCUCACCCUACAUUGAGCGAGGCUGUGAAAGAGGCCGCCAUGGCAACUUAUGACAAGGCCAUUCACAUAUAGGAAGUGCAUGGUACGUAUUAUGUGUUUGUACCUGCUUUUUUCUGAUGUUUUGUUUGAGGAAUUUGGAAUGAUAGAUGGAAAGGUCUUAUAAAACAUUUUGAGCACUACGUGACUUAAAGUGGUUGAACAUAAUUUGAUUUGGAUGUUGGAUUCAACUUCUAGUCAAUCAACAGAUUUGCUUGAACUUGUUUUUGAUUUGCUUAAUAAUAGUGUAAGAGGAUGUCCCUUUUGAUACA